CCUGUCGUUUUCUUUUCAUUUAUUCAUUCUCUCACACCUAUAUAUGUACCGAGUGCCUGCUGCAUGCCUGGCCGCAUCCUAGAUAGUGGGGGUAUUUAAUAGAACGAGCCCCAGCUCUCAUGCAGAUUAAAUUUCAUUGGGGAGGAGGCUAGGGCAGUAAAAGCAAAUAAAUACAAGGAACAUUUCACUCCAUGUUGAGAUUAUGUUAAAAUAAUAAGAGAGAGUAGGAGAGCGGGGGCUGCUUUAUGAUGGAUGUCCCUCGGGUAGGCACAGGUGAGAAGGUCUAGGUAAGGCAAAUGUUGGUAAGGAGACUGGAUUUUGUUCAGAGAAGGCUGGGAAGCCACUGCAGGGUUUUAAGUAAGUGAGAUGCUCUUUGCUUUCCAUUCACCCUCUGGCUGCCUCGUGGAGAGGAAGCAGGUGAUGCCACCUGAACCAAGCUUGAGAGCAGCUAUUGGGUGUCCUUGGCCCCACGUGGAGGAGAUAAAGAUGGCCUCCAAGCGUAUCACCCAGGAGACCUUUGACGCAGCUGUUCGCGAGAACAUCCAGGAGUUUGAGAUGGAGCCGGAGGAGGCGGUGAGAGAAGCCGUGGAGCAGUUUGAGUCACAAGGGGUUGAUCUGAGCAACAUUGUAAAGAUGGCCCCAAAAGUCUCCGCGGAUGGACCCCAGGAUCCCAUACAUGACAUCCUGCAGGCCCUGGAUGACCUGCGGGAAUCUGUGGCCCGCUCUCACCCGCAGGAGGCGUCUGCACAGCUUGCCCGCUUUUGCGAGCAGUGCAAGCAGCAGAAGGCCUGCCGCUUUCUGGCAGCCGAGAAGGGGGCCUACUCCAUCCUCCUGGAGACCUGGAAGUUGGCCGCAGCAGGUGACCAGGGCCUCCUCCUCCAGGCCCUCAAUGCCCUGUCUGCCCUGACUGAUGGCCAGCCCGACCUCCUGGACACCCAGGGCCUGCAGCUGCUCGUGGCCACGCUGGCCCACAAUGCCGACUCGGCCCACGUGACCUGCUCCGGGAUCCGCUGCGUGCGCCACGCCUGCCUGAAGCACGAGGAGAACCGGCAGAGCCUGGUGAAGGCCGGCGUGCUGCCCCUGCUGACGGGCGCCAUCACCCGGCACAGCCACUGUGCCGACGUGGUCCGGGAGGCCUGCUGGGCCCUACGUGUCAUGACCUUUGACGAUGACAUCCGUGUGCCCUUCGGCCAUGCCCAUGACCACGCCAAGAUGAUCGUGCAGGAGAAUGGAGGCUUAAAGGUGCUCAUUGAGGCUGCCAAAGUGUUCCCCGACAACCCCAGCAUCCUGAGCGAGCUCUGCAGCACCCUGUCCCGCCUGGCUGUCCGCAACGAGUUCUGCCAGGAGGUCGUCAACCUCGGGGGCCUCAGCGUCCUGGUGGCCCUGCUGGCUGACUGCAGUGACCACCAGGAGCUGGUGAAGCAGGUGCUGAGUGCUCUGAGGGCCAUCGCAGGCAAUGAUGAUGUGAAGGAUGCCAUCGUCCGCGCCGGCGGGACCGAGUCCAUUGUGGCCGCCAUGACCCGGCACCUGGCCAGUCCCCAGGUGUGUGAGCAGAGCUGUGCGGCCCUGUGCGUCCUGGCCCUGCGCAAGCCAGCAAACAGCCGCGUCAUCGUGGAGGCCGGCGGGGCCCAGGCUGCGCUACAGGCCAUGGAGGCCCACCCUCAGGAGGCUGGCGUCCAAAAACAGGCCUGCAUGCUGAUCCGAAACCUGGUGGCCCGCAGCCAAGCCUUCUCACAGCCCAUCCUGGACCUGGGGGCCGAGGCCCUCAUCUCGCGAGCCCGAGCCACCCACCACGACUGUGAGGACAUAGCCAAGGCCGCCCUGCGGGACCUGGGCUGCCAUGUCGAGCUCCGAGAGCUGUGGACUGGCCAGAAGGGUGACCUGGCACCGUGACCGCUGGCCCAUGCGCGCUGUGACUCUGGGUGAGUCAUGUGACUCGGGAACCGCCUGGGGGCAGGCCAGCGCUCCAUGCCCUGCCACUCUGCCCCCAGCUGCCUCCCCCGUCCAGAAGAGGACCUUUCCGACCAGUACCAGGGAGUGGGCAGGGAGUCCUAGUGAGGCGCCUGCACGGCAGAAAGUGGCCCUCGGGUCCCAGCCCCUCUGCACGCUCUUCUGCUCGGCCACCGGCUAAGAGCAUCGGCUUUGUCCGCCCUGUCACCCACCCCCACCCCACCGCCCUUUGCUGGUAGAAGUGCCCCCCCAGCGCUGCUUCCCACUGGCAGUCUGCCUGAAAUCUGGAAACCACACUGGCCGAUCUCAAAGCAGGGCAGGGACCCGGCUUCUGUGCCUGCAAGUCCAUUCUCAUCCCUGCUCCUGCUUCUCUCACCUCUAAGUUGGAGCCCAGGUGCCUUGCUGUGCUGAGCAGAGGACAGGGACCAAGGCUCCUUGGUCUCCAGGUGUCCCAGGCCAGCCAGUGGAGCCUGGUAAUAAAAGACUGUUGGUUGAA